AUGGCUGAACCGACCAUUGUUCUACGAAGUCCUAUUAAAUCAGCGACAUCAACUCUUCGAUGUUCAUCGCCAAAUCCAACAUUAAAUUCACCUACUCAUAAUAGUACAGUCAUUAUUCUCAAAGAUAAUAAUAAUAAUAAUGAUCAACAACAGCAAUCGUCAACGCCUACUUCGACAAAAACUUCAUCAUCAUCGUUUACAACUUUAAAAACUGUUCAAACGAAACUUUACUCUGCCGGUUACACAGGAUUAUAUAACUUGGGUAACACAUGUUAUGUUAAUUGUGUUUUACAAUUACUCAGUCAUGUCCCCCAAUUUUGUGAUGCAAUCUGUUCGAUGAGUUUCGAAAGUCUCGGUUUAGAACAACCAUCUGACGUACCGAUGGUUGCUUCAUCACACAAUCCCACACGAUUGAAAGGUGGUGGUCGUGGUCUAUUGAAAGCACUCGAAGCUCAGCCACGUCGAGUUCCAUGUUAUCUUGCGUAUGAACUGCAUGGUACUUUCAAUAUCAUCUGGUCGGGUAAAUGUAUGGUCUAUUCUCCGUUGAAUAUGAUUGCCGCUGUUCGACGUUUGUUGCCCAGUUUUGAACCAUGUGCAAUGGAAGAUGCACAAGAAUUUCUUGAAGCAUUAUUAGCUGCCAUAACAGAUGAAAUUAAAGCCAAUAAGCUAGCCGAUACCAAUAUUAUUAAUGAUCUUUUAGGCUUCUCCUCUGAAAGUCAGAUAUUAUGUGAACAAUGUCAUCGUUUAUCAGUCACAAAAACCGACGAAACAUUUAUCACAUUAACAUUCUCAGAGAAGAUGCUUUGCGAUGUACGAGGAUCUAGUCGUCGGCGUUCAUGCCAUCUCACAGAAAUGCUUGCUCAUUUUUAUCAAUGGGAAGCAUUAUCAACACCAUUUCAAUGCUCAACUUGUACCGUUCGAAAUCCAUCAAGAGAAGGUACAAAAGCACAAAAACGUCUACUGAUUUCGAAACUUCCUCAAGUGUUACACGUCGUCCUACGUCGAUUCAGAUCAUUACCUCAGACGACAUUACGGCGGCCAACAUCUCGUCAAACUCGUCAACUGUCACAUAAAAUCACCAUGCAUGUGAAUUUCGAUGAAUAUCUCGACAUGGCACCGUAUUGUGCUCCAUUGACACCGAGUUCAUCAUUUCCAUCAACACGCUCAAAACAAAACGGUACUUCAAGAAAUGAAUGCUUAUAUCGUCUACGCGGAGUCAUUGUACAUUAUGGCAAAAGUAUCAACACAGGACAUUUUGUUGCAUUUGUCUAUAAUGAUGUUCUUGGUGAAUGGCUUCGCUGUGAUGAUCAUAUUAUCGAACAAACAACUUUCGAAUCAGUUAAAACUUCGGAUGCUUACAUUCUUGUGUACAGCCGUUGCAUAUCAAAUACAAUUCCAUCGUCUGUCCCAUCGAAUCCAUCAGUACCAACAUCAAUGACUUGUCAGUUGCGUAAACGAAAACGCGCUAUAUCAGUUGAUAAUAUCAGCGAGCAAAAGGAUGAUCCAUCUACUCCUGAAACCACGAAUGAAAUAGGUACAUAUGUUACUUGGAAUAAACAGCCGUCUACUGAUUCGAUUUUAGACACCAAAUUAGAGAAUACCGAUGACCAUUCUGAGAUUGUGAAAAGUUUGAAAUUCUUCUGUUUAAAUUUCGAUCCAUUAGCCAGUGGUCUAAGACGUCGAGCACAAUCGCUUAACUUUGCUAUACGUACCAAUCAAUCUUCAGUUGAUACUAUUCGACAGAAUCUAUCAACAUCGUCUUCAGUAAAACGUCAGCGCAAAGAACCACCAGUUGAUUCCACCAUAUCUCACCGCGCUGCUCCAUCGUCGAAAGUUACAUCGCAACAAACUAUUCAAACGCGAAAGAAAAAUUCUUCAGGGAUGUGCAAUGAAAACUUAUCGUCAAAUUCACAGAAGUCAACUAAAACAAUCAGAAAGCGUCGUCGCACCGAUCCAUUUGCACGAAAGAAACGAAUGACGAAAACAUCCGAGAGAAAAAUGCCAGAAAAAAUUAAUAUCUCCAAUCUCGUCUCGGUGUCGUCAACUGAUCAAGUGUUAUCAACAGAAUCUCUACUACCAUCCGCACAGUCACCAUUAACGUUCACAUACGAAAAUACGACGAGUCCAAAUCUACUGAUGACGAAACGUAUUGGUCGAAUACGAAUCCAGCGAUGUAUCGAUGGGCAAACUUCUACAAACUCAACUGUACGAUUAAUUACAUCCGGUGAAAGCAAUCCUCGUUUAUGUCUCUCCUCGCCAUCAUCAUCACCCAUUCAAUCGUCCUCAGUUUUAUCUAGUUUAAUCACUGCACGUCGUUCCAAUUCGCUCAAUAAUACCACAAGCAAUCCGCCUAAUAGUUAG